AUGGCAACAGAAGAUGCGCGAUACCGACUCUCGACGCAGUAUCGACUGUGGUCUUUUUCCCCGUCCAAGUUAGCGGAACUGCGAGAACAGACGAACUCCCUGGCGAAAACAAACAUCAUCAGCCGUCUCGUGGAAACGAAACGCGUGGAUCUAGAUGCGGCCGAGUCGAUGCCUGAAUUCUUGACACCUUCCGAGGAGACCCAGUUGCUCAAGUUUUUCACCGUUGAAUUGAUUCGAGCGGCGGACUUCUGUGGACUUCCAACAGAGGUUAGAGCGACUGCGACCGUUUUCCUGCGUCGAUUCUACGUCACGAACUCAAUCAUGACAUACCCCCCUCAGGAUAUUCUGAAGACCUGCCUGUUCUUCGGAAGCAAGGCUGAGGGACUGUAUACCCGCCUAGCUAAAUUGGCCGACAAGUUUCCCAACACGACCGAAGAAGAGAUACUAGCAGGAGAGUUCUUGCUGUGUCAAGGAGUCCGGUUCGCUUUCGAUGUGAGGCAUCCGUUCCGCGCCUUGGAAGGAGCUAUCCUGGAACUUCGGCGGCAUGCCGACCUUGAGAAAAGUCGAAUCGAUGCCGCCCAUUUCCGUGCUCGCGCUUUCCUCAAGUUCAGUUCCCUCGUCACAGACGCGUAUUUCCACUAUACCCCGAGCCAGAUCAUGCUUGCUGCGCUCUCUUUAGCUGAUCGAGGGCUGGCCGAGAAACUCGUUCAAAGCGCCUUUGGUCCCACUCAGAGCGGAACCUCGAAUGAAGGCGAGAAGGACCUCACUGGACACGAGAUACGGGAUAAGGUCAUGGCAACAAUCGAGGCGUGUAGGGAGCUACUGGCGACUGAACAGCCCGAGAGAUUGGACGAAUACUGGGGAACUGUUGAGGCGACCAAGGUGAUCAAGCCUUUGAUACGAAAACUGAAAAGGUGCAGAGAUCCGGAUCGUGCAGAUCUUGUGGCCCUACAAAAGGCUCGACGAGAGUUGGCUUCGCAGAAGAAUACGGGGAAGCCGAAAGCUGAAGGAGACGGGUCCUUGUUCGGCGGUAACGGCGGAGUGCUUGGCGGAAACGAGGCGCGGGAUGCCAAGCGACGAAAGGUUACCGAAGGUGACGACGUAUUUGGUCCAGCGUUGGGUUAA